CACAGAUAAGUAGGUAUGUUAUUUUGGCAAAGGAGAUCUUAUAUGUUUGGCUGUCUAAAGUCGAUAUAUUAUCAUAAGUCAAAGAGAUCCAAACCAUAUUCGUUUUCGUUACAUAUUAUAGUAAUUAGAACAAAUAUAAAAAUGGUUAUAACAAAAAAUGUUACUCUUCCCGAAUUUACAGCAUUAAAUGUUCAAGAAGUUGAUUUAUCAACGGCCACGCUUAUGUCUGCCGGACCCUACCUCGGCAAGGACUGUGAAGGCAUCAACAACGAAUUUAUGCUGUGCCGGUACGAAUCCCAAGACCCCAGGGCUUGUUUGGACCUUGGCAAAAAAGUGACCUCUUGCACUAUGCAAUUCUUCAAAAAAGUCAAAAGUAAAUGUCAACAUGAGUUCAAUCAAUAUGCUCAUUGUAUCGAUAAAAGCUCCGGGGACUAUUCGUUCGCUAAAUGUCGAAAGACACAGGCGGUGUUUGACAGAUGCAUGCAGGAAAAGUUGGGUUUGCAGAGACCUGACUUUGGAUACUUUUGUCGUGCCCGUGUUCACGAUAGUAAAAGCUUACCGCCUGCACCGCGUGAAUCCUGUCCCUGCCACUCGCAGGUACCUGACCCUACUCCGUCGUUGCCAGAUUGUAAACCUCGCCCAGCGGCUCGCUUUUCCAGCCGCUUUCAUUGGAUUACGGAGUAGACUUUCACACAAUUUUGAAUAAUCUUUUUCUGUUCAAAUCAUUCUAAAAUUGUAAUGCUCGAAAGUAUCUAUUGUUUUUACCCAAAAAUUAAAAGUGAUUUUCCACGGAGUAUCCACUGGGGAUUCAGUAUUAAAAUCUACUCUAUAUGAAGAGAGAUCUUGUCUAUAAUGAAGAAAUUGCCAGCAACCGCAGAACCAAUCUGUUUGGACGUUGCAACAAAGACGCAAUAUUAUUUAUGCAUCGUCUUAAACGGAAUCUUAAUCUUUAAUUAUGUAUGAUGUAAAUGUAACGUUACAAUUACAAAAUGUUUACCGAUGAACUUUUACGUGUUGUAUUUCGCAAACCCUUGCACUUGAAAGAGCUUUAUGUAACAUGAUAACCCAGAUAUUUCAGGAACAAAAAAUGUCGCCAUUCCAUACAAGGUAAUAAGUUGUUGCGUAUACGUAACUGGCUCUCGACUCCAAAGACACCGGUAGGUAACAGGAAAACAUAUAAAUGAAAUGGAAAGUUACUUUAGUUCCUACUUAAAUAAUUAUGAUGUAAUAAGAAUGUGCAGAACUUUUAAUGUAAUAUUUUGUGGUACGGGUUGGUUUUGGUGUUCGUUAAUAUGUUUGCAUUAUCAAUUUGAUUAUCUUUAACUGUAAUUAAGUUUUUUAAAUAUUUAUUGUACCAUAACAAAUGGGACACUAAUAAAAACCUGUAACUUGAAAAUCUAAUGGUAAUUAGCAACAUACAGAAUCGAAACUUAGAUAUCUAUGUCAAAAACGUAUUGCAUUUUGACCUACUGGUUUUUUUUUUGAGUCUUACCACAUGAGAUGAAACCAUUAACGCUACAACCUUUUUAGGUCUGAUCCUCAGAUUUCUGUAUCUGUUUCAUGAUCAUUUGUUAAUUUAAUAGGCAAGUAGGUCAUCAGUCUCCUGUGAAUGACACACGUCUUCCACUGUUUCCACUAAGGCCAGCCGGUUUCCUCACGAUGUUUUUCUUCACCGUUAGUGCGAAUGUUAAAUGCGCACAUACACAAACUCCAGUAGGGCACGGCCGGGAAUCGAACCUACGACCUGAGGAUGAGAGUUACACGCUGAAGCCACUAGGCCAACACUGCUCUCUUACCGAUGAAAUAAUAGUAGUAAAGGUAGGCGUUUUAUUUGGAGUAGAAUAAUGGAAAAGAAAAAUAAUAUAUUUUCUAGGGUGAUACUUUUUAGACUAAGCUUCUAAACUAAAAAUGAAAUUUGAAAUAAUCUAA